AUGUUGCGUCAAGCAGUUAGUAUAGGCCGUGAUCAAUUAGCUUCUUUGGGCGUAUGCUUUGGGAAAUUUACCAAAUCAAAAAAGUUCAAACUUCAUAUUACUGCUUUGGACUAUCUUGCUCAGUAUGCAAAGUAUAAACUAUGGAUAAAACCAAACGGUGAAGGUUCAUUUUUAUACGGAAAUCAUAUUUUAAAGGCACAUCUCGGACGCAUUACUGAAGAUACACCCGAACAUCAAGGUGUUAUAAUAUAUUCAAUGUCUGAUAUACCUUUGGGUUUUGGUGUUACCGCGCGCUCUACGGUAGAAAUACGGAAGCUAAAACCUACUGAUAUCGUCGUUUUUCACCAAGCUGAUAUUGGUGAAUAUUUACGUGAACAAGAUACAUUAUUUUAA